AUGCAAACUAUGGAGCUCUUCUGCGGUCUCUUCUGGCAACAAGUGAAAUUGCUUUCCCCACUUCAAGCAUCAAAUCGCUUCGUGCCGAGCAUGGUUCUGGCUGCGAUCCUGAACCUCGUCACCGGCCUCGUCGUUGACAAAUUCCCGGUGGUCUACCUAGUCCUGAUCUCGUCGGCUCUCGGUGCAGUGGCCCCCUUACUCAUGGCUGUCAACUCUCCAAGCUGGCCGUACUGGUAUGCGGCGUUUCCUGCGCAAAUAUUCGAGCCACUCAAUCCCGAUGGUGAGCUUAACUAUAGUCCGAAGUCCAAGAAGCGUGGAUAUUUUGCUGAUUGCUAUUUCCCUUCGUGA